GUACAAUCUAAAGUGGACUGCAUUUUGCAAGAAGUUGAGAAGUUUACAGACCUAGAGAAACUCUACCUCUACCUUCAGCUGCCUUCGGGUCCCAACAAUGGAGACAAAAGCGAUCAGAUCUCCAUGUCGUCCAGCCGUGCCCAGCAGAUGCACGCCUUCUCGUGGAUACGGAACACCUUGGAAGAGCACCCUGAGACAUCCCUUCCCAAGCAGGAGGUUUAUGACGAAUACAAGAGCUAUUGUGACAAUCUUGGCUACCACCCAUUAAGUGCUGCUGACUUUGGAAAGAUCAUGAAAAAUGUCUUUCCAAAUAUGAAGGCCCGUCGUCUAGGCACAAGAGGCAAAUCAAAAUAUUGCUACAGUGGACUGAGGAAGAAGGCUUUUGUACAUAUGCCAACACUGCCCAACCUUGACUUUCAUAAAACUGGAGAUGGGUUGGAUGGGGCAGAGCCGUCUGGGCAGCUGCAAAGUGCUGAUGAGGAAGUUGUCUCUGCGGCCUGCCGGCUUGUUUGUGAAUGGGCCCAGAAAGUGCUGAGCCAGCCUUUUGAUACAGUCUUGGAAUUGGCUCGUUUCCUUGUAAAAAGUCACUAUAUCGGUACCAAGUCAAUGGCAGCUUUAACAGUAAUGGCAGGGGCACCAGCAGGAGUAAAAGGGAUCCCCCAGCCCUCAGCUUUUAUACCUACUGCUGAAAGUAAUUCCUUUCAACCGCAAGUGAAAACUCUGCCAUCUCCUGUUGAUGCCAAGCAGCAGCUGCAGCGUAAGAUCCAGAAGAAGCAGCAAGAACAGAAACUGCAGUCUCCUUUGCCAGGAGAGUCUCCAGCAAAGAAAACAGAAGGCACCACAACCAACGGCGUGACUGGUAUAUCUAAUGGAAGUCCUGCAAUUCUGUCUCCUCCGCCUAUUGGCAUUGUUGUGGCAGCUGUCCCCAGCCCGAUACCGGUGCCAAGGACCAGGCAGUUGGUGACGUCCCCAAGUCCUAUGGGAUCGUCUGAUAGCAAGGUCCUGCCGCUCAAUGUUCAGGUGGUCACUCAGCACAUGCAAUCAGUCAAGCAGUCACCAAAGACUCCCCAGAACAUUCCCGCCAGCCCAGUUGGUGACCGCUCUGCCCGGCAUCGCUACCCGCAGAUCUUACCGAAGCCAGCAAAUACCAGUGCUCUCACCAUCCGCUCUCCCACGACGGUGCUCUUUACCAGUAGCCCAAUCAAGACUGUAGUGCCAGCUCCACAUGUGAAUUCCUUAAAUGUGGUAAAAAUGACAGCAAUAUCUCUUGCCCCAAGCAGCAGUAGUGUGCCCGUCAAACAGACGCCUUCAGUUAGCAGUAGUGCAGGAGCAGUGGAAGAAGGGAGGACUGGUCCACAGAUCAAAAAUGGAUCUGUUGUUUCACUUCAGUCUCCAGGAUCCAAGCCUAACACUGUUGUAGCUGCGCCUGCAGUCAAGAUCAAAAUGGAACCAGAAGCAUUGCUGGAUGAGAACUCAGUACAGGGCCAAGAGAGCUCUGACGUGUCUAAAUCCAUAAAGGCAACCCCUGACCUGCCUCCUGCUCAACUAAUUAAUUUUGAGGUUGCAACCUUGAAGCUUUCAGUUGAUGAUGUCGUGGAGACAAAACCAGUUAAGGGCUGUGAUCAGGGAGCUGAAGAAGCAGGGACCAAAUAUAAAACACAAUCUAAUGAGAUCACACCAGUUUCUUCAGCAGGCAAUAAUCAAAGCAUUCUAAAGCUUUCCGUUGCCAGUCAAAACUUGUCCAGCACCAGCAUCGGUUCACCUCCUACUGGUGAGUCUACGAUUAAAGACAAAACAUGCGCUAAAAGUCCAAGAAAGCGACAACCUUCUACACUUCAGGAUUCCCAGGUACCACCUGUAAAGAAACCACUGGUGGAGCAGCUUUCAGCUGGUAAUGCUGUGGAGGGUCAAAAAGCAAACAGUGUUAAGAAGUCUCCAAAGGUUGGAUCAUUAGCUAACAGUGACAAUACAGCAACACUUGCUCAAGUUCCCAGUAAGGUACCUGUGAAGGUACCUGUACCUUCUGCAGCUGCGGCAAACUUAGCAACAGACCUUUCUUUGAGCACCAAUUUAAAUACCAGUGAUUCUACUUUAGGACAGCAGCUUGCAUCAGCAUCAUCUCCAGAUAUAAAAGUAAAAUUGGAAGGAAACAUGUUUAUCAUAGAAAAUGAUUCAAAAUCUGAUGGCAGCUUUAACCCAAAUAUGUGGCACCAUAUCACCAAAACCUCCGACUUUGCAUCUGUGAAUUGUGAACAGCAGCAAGAUAUCAGUGUUAUGACUGUUGCAGGGCACUCUGGCUCUAGUGACUUACAGGAGUCGGCAUGGGAGCCAGUGCACUGCGAAGGUAUACAGCAGGAUGCAUACAGCCAGCAGUUACAGAACCAGAUCCAGGACUCCUCCUUGGGUCAAAUACAAGCACAGUCUUCAAAUCAGUUACCUCUGCAGUCUGAGCUGAAAGAGUUUGAACAUACAGUCCCUCAGUCAAAUGAAAACUUCUUUUCUUUUGAUGAUGACCUUACCCAGGACAGCAUUGUGGAGGAGCUGGUGCUCAUGGAGGAGCAAAUGUCUAUGAAUAAUUCUCAUCCUUAUGGUGGUUGUCUAGGAAUGGCACUUCAGAGUCAGACUGCAGCUCAAGGAGCUCCUGUGUCAUCUCAUCCCAGCAGCGCGCACUUUUACCAUUCAAUCCAUAACAACAGCACUCCGAUUCACACUCCCACCCCCACCCCUACCCCAACUCCCACCCCGACCCCGACUCCAACACCCACCUCCGAAAUGAUCGCUGGAUCUCAGAACAUGUCCCGAGAGAGCCCUUGUUCAAGGCUGGCUCAGACGACUCCCGUAGACAGUGCUCUAGGAAGCAGCCGGCAUACACCCAUCGGCACACCGCAUUCGAACUGCAGCAGCAGUGUCCCUCCAAGUCCUGUGGAGUGUCGAAACCCGUUUGCAUUUACUCCCAUCAGCUCUAGUAUGGCUUACCAUGAUGCCAGCAUUAUAUCAAGCAGUCCCGUGAAGCCAAUGCAGCGGCCUAUGGCUACUCAUCCCGACAAAACCAAGCUUGAGUGGAUGAAUAAUGGCUACAGUGGUGUUAGCAAUUCGUCGGUUGCAAACCAUGGCAUCCUUACGAGCUAUCAGGAGCUGGUGGAAGACCGCUUCAGGAAACCUCACGCUUUUGCUGUUCCUGGCCAGUCAUACCAAUCUCAGCCGCGCCACCAUGAUACUCACUUCGGUCGCGUGACUCCUGUUUCACCUGUGCAGCACCAGGCAGCCCCUGUCAGUAGCACCACCAAGCAAGAGGGCUUUGCUGUUCCUGCUCCUUUGGACAACAAAGGAACAGGUUCCUCUCUCAACAACAGUCUGAGAUGCCGGAGCGUGAGCCCUGCUGUCCAUCGCCAGCGUAAUCUCAGUGGAAGCACUGUUUACCCUGUUUCAAAUAUACCACGCUCUAACCUGACACCUUUUGGAAGUCCGGUGACUCCUGAGGUUCACAAUGUAUUUGCUAAUAUCCAUGCAGACACCAGUGCCAAUAACAUAGCGCAAAGAAGCCAGUCAGUCCCGUUGACUGUGAUGAUGCAGACGGCCUUCCCGUCUCUUCAGAAACAAACAAACACUAAAAAAAUAACCAACGUGUUGUUAAACAAACUUGAUUCUGAUAGCGAUGAUGCAGUGAGAGGUUUGGGAGUGAACAACAUGCCCUCAAAUUACACAGCCAGGAUGAAUCUCACUCAGAUUUUAGAGACAUCCGCCGCUUUUCCUAGUGCCAACCCACAAAAUAUGAUCAAUUCCAGCACUUCAGUUUAUGAAUUCCAAACACCAAAUUACCUCACAAAAAACAGCAGCACCGAUCAGAUCAGUUUUUCUUCUGGAGAUAACCAAGCACAAUCAGACAUCGGAGAGCAGCAAUUAGAUUUUAGCAGCACUGUAAAAGACCUUUUAGGGGAGGACAGUCUGCCAACAAACCAGCAGCUGGUGAAUCAGGUGGCAUCAGAUCUCAAUAACGUUGCAUCUGUCUUUCCCAGCGACAUCAGGUUGUCUUCCGAGCUCUCAGGCAGCAUUAACGAUCUGAACACUUUAGACACAAAUCUACUGUUUGAUCCAGGCCGUCAGCAGGGACAAGAUGAUGAUGCUACACUGGAGGAAUUAAAAAAUGACCCCUUGUUUCAACAAAUCUGCAAUGAAUCCAUUAACUCAAUGACUACAUCAGGUUUUGAGUGGAUGGAGAGUAAGGAUCAUCCUGCUGUUGAAAUGUUGGGUUAAUCUUGUUUUAUAAUAUGUAUGUAGCACACUGUAUCUAAAAGACAGACGUAUUGUAUUUGUCUUAAUGGAAGUGCCUCCCGCAGCAGAAACACUUGCUAUGUAUUGUGGCAUUUUUUAAAAAGUUUGCUGUACCCGUUGCUCGUUCUUCAGCAGGGAAAAGGCAGUCUUAACAAUUUUAAACAAAUCUCUGAAGGUGAUGGGCUAUCGAAGAGCCAGUAUUAAAAUUUGAAUUUUAUAGAGUUUCCCAUUCAACAUUUCUUAUUGUAGCAAAUAAAGAAGUUGUUAAUAGCCAGCCAGCAGUGACAGCUAUGGUUGAGGCUUUGGGAGGGUUUUAAGUUGAGCUCGUUAGUAGGCUUUCCAUACUUUGUAUUGCUUGUUACGUCUUAGUAGAUGAUCCUUACUGACCUUUGUUGUUCAGGUCUGAA